UUUACAUUAUUAAAUAAUGUGCCAAUCGGAUUGUGUAAUCAUUUCAAAUGAAUAUUCCUUUGUGAAAUUGGUUUGUGCACAUAAAGCAUAAACCAAAUUAAUAUAGUUACAUCAAUCUCAAGCAAAUCUGUGUAUGGGCUGCCAAAUAUACUUAUAUUAAUUUUGAAAGAACGGGAACGGAACAAGUUUUCUUCUACAUUUAUUACUUUUUCAAGAGACGCGUCGGUGGUCGAAUCGUUUUUUGGCUUGUGUUUUUUCGAUUAAGUUUCGGUUUUAGUUUUAUUACUGGUUUUGCUGACAUCAAAAUGGAUGAUUUGGAAAUAAUGUGGGAUGAUGAUCCACCUAAAAGGAAUGUGUAUGGAGUUUUAAGUGCAAACAUGUCCAAUUUGAAUGAGAUUAUAGAAAAAUUUCCUACUGACCCAGCUUACAUUGGUGCCAUAAUUGGCCUAAACGGCUCCAACAUAAAAAGCAUUAAAACAAAGUUCAACGUCAAUGUACAUAUAAAUAGUGACAACCAUAUAGUAACUGUGAAAGGUCGUAAUAGAAAAAAUGUUGACGAUGCCGUUAAAUACAUUUUGGAAAUUAUAAAACACUCUGAUCAGAAAUAUAAAAAUAAAAAUAAAAAUAAAAAUGUUUCAUCUCAAAAUCACGAAGUUUCUCACAAUCCCAAAGUUGAAUUUAAAAAAAAAUCAUUCGUGCCUCGUUUUAGUGCUUCUUCCAGAAAUGACAAUAUUCAGGUUGCAACUCCGAAAUCUGGAUUUCAGCGACCCCCGCCCAUGUAUACAGCGCGUGGACGAGUGCCGAUGAAUGCAGUUGCUACUCCUGGCGGUAAUGUUAUAUCACCAGCACAACAAUAUCGCGCUAUGAAACAACAACAAGCACAAAAAGAACGUCUGUUGCAGCAACAACAAAAACAGCAAUUAUUAGUGCCUGAAAGUGCAACGGCACGCAACGAUCAAUUAUGUUUAAAUCCAGGUAUUAAUAAUAUUGGCACUUUGUUGAAUACCACAGUAGCUCCAAACGUUUCGUUAUCACGCACAAAUAUGCCAUCAGAUUCUCAAUUGAGUCCCAAUUUUGCUCAAAGCAUGAUGCAACAGCAAUUAAGUCCAGGACAGCGUAAUGCACUAUUUAGCCCACAACCAAAUCAAGGUUAUGUACCACAAUAUCCGCAGAAUGCACAACGUUUGUCACCGCAACAACAACAACAACUGAACCAACAAGCUAAUGCCCAACAGCAGCAGCAACUUUCUUUCCAGAAUGCACAGGGUCAGGGUGGUGUUAGUGUUGCAGCACAGCUGUCACCACGUCAACCAACCUACGGUGCUGGUAACGCUGGUGGUAAUGCCGGCGUUGUACAAUCACCAGGCAUGUCGAAUGCCUCACCACAGCAGUGGGUAGCUGCAGCAGCAGCAGUUGCAGCCAAUAAUGCCAACAAUGCAGCACAACGUGGCGGUCACUCAUUGCAGCAACAUAACCCCAUGUUGAGUGCGCAAUUACAGGGUGUAAGUCCGUAUAAUGCGCGCCAAUAUCAAAGUCAACGACGUGGUCUUAACUCACCAAGUGGUGCAGUGCCUGGUAGUAUGACAACAGUUACUUUACAGCGUCAAAACUCGUUUCAAACAAAUGAUAGCGGUUUCAGUGGUCCAUCAACAUCGCCAUCGCCACAAUCUCCAUACGGUGCUGGCACCACUGUAUUUCAACAACAACAAAUGCAACGCAUGCAACGCCAAAGCAGUGUGCCACAAGCAACACAACAUUUGCCUGGCUCACCACGCCCUUUUGGCGGUACAAACUCUUCCAAUCUUGAUAAUGGAGGCGUCGUCGGUGUCAAUAAUACCCUUAGUGGUAAUAUUAGCAUCAAUGGUGGCAACGGUGGCGUUAUACCAAUCAGUGGCAAUGGUUAUGGAGGUGCUGCCGGCAUGAUGUACAAUAAUAUGCCGUCACAGGGUGGCCCACAUACACCAAAUGAUUUCUAUGGUCGCACACAGACCGGUAAGCCGAAGAACUGUUCAUAUAAAAAGCACAAAAAUCCCCAAAAAGGAAUCUUAGAAGACCCAAAAGUAGAAGAUGCAAAAAUCCACGCAUCGCUAGGAAAACAUUUAACCGAUGCAAUUUUAAAUUUUUACGAAUGUGAUGAAAAUAGUCAAGUAAUGCCUGGGAAAAAAGACUGCGUAUCCGUAAAAAUUGACGGAAAAAGGACACAAAUGUAA